AUCAUUGUUCUUAAACUAUAUGUGACAUAUAUACCAAUUACCCUAAAAGAACAUUUUUUGAAUUCCUCUUUCGAGAUUUAUAAUCAUGAUUUUGAAUUUUAUAUAUGUUUCUUAUUAAAUAUUUAGAUUUUAGAUUUUAAGGGCUGUUUUUACUAUAAUCUUUUUGUGCGCAUCAAAAGCUUGAUUUGAAUAUAAGAUUCUUUAUAAGGAGAACAAUUCUUUCUAGCUGCAAAAAAAAUGAAAAAAAAAUAUCAAACACUUGAUAGGAAAAUUUGACGACGAAAAAGUUCCUACCGAAACAAAAGAAAAUUAAUGAUACAACAAUGAUCAUGAAUACAACGAUGCAUGGUAGCUUAGUAUGUUUUUACACAUAAGGCAUGCUUACAUAUAUUUUUCGUACGUACCACAUAGCUAGGUAAGUAUUUUUUUCGUCGACAUCGGUUACUAAAUAAACAAAUACUAUCAUUUCUUAGUCUGAACUAUGGUAUACGAAAGGACAUAUUAUUGUAUAUAUGGAUAUACAAGUAUAGAGGGGGCAACAUUACCGAAGAUCAAGCCAAGAUAGGGAUGAGACACAAACAACAAACCUUGCACUUUUUCUUUACCCUUCUUUUUAGGAAUGAUUCUAGUAUUUAUACACCACUACUUAAUCAAAAAAUGCAUCACUUAUAUCCUGGAAUAUUAAUUAUACAAUCUGUGUGGUAGAUAUGUAAGCUUAUUAUUAAAUAAAAUCUAUAGGUAAAAGAAAACUAUUAAGAUCAAUAAAACUCGAAUUAUCAAGAGACAACAUAUAUAAAUUGUUAUAAUUGAUCCAUUCCCAGACAGAUUACCUAUCAAAUUUUAAGAAAAUGUUAUAAGGCUACAACUUUUACUAAUCUUGCAACUUCUAAAGGCGAUGUCAAAAUUUAUACAUAUACAUAAGAAGAAAAACAAGAUAGAAAAGUAAAAUUAGGACCAUGCUGAAAAUAUAAUAGAAAACGGUAAUAAUAAUUGCAAGCAAAGAAAAAAUAGGUAUGCACAUACGAUAUGUGUCCAUUAGGAUAGAUAGAUGUCCAUACGACCAAAAACGAAGUGUACACAACCUCUUUUUAUCUAAUCUUAUUGCCUCAUAUAUCGAAGAAAAAGUAACACGAAAUUACAAAGGGCAGCAACACACACACACACACAAAGCUGUGUGAAAUCGGAAAAUGAUGAAAACAUCAAUUAAUAAGAAAAUGUAAAGAAAGAAAGAGGAAAGGGUCAAGAGAGCAUAUAUUCCCUUCUCCAACAAAACCCCACUCAUGUUUCCAGAUAUGGAGUGAAAGAAGCAAUAAAAAGAACAACAUCAACCACUCCACAUAUUUAUAUAUUAACCUCCAUAUAGCUUUGCCAACAAACCCAACAAUCUUUGAAAACAAAUAACCCUUUCAUUUUAUAUUUUAUAUUUCUUGGGGUCGUUUGAUCUUAAUGUUUAUUAGAGAGAGAUUUGUAUGUGUUUGUUAAUGGCGAGCAACACUAAUAAUGGUAAUAAUCAGAAGACAAAGAUGAGUCUUGUGUUGUCAACAGAUGCUAACCCUAGAUUAAAAUGGACUUGUGAGCUUCAUCACAGAUUCGUCGAAGCCGUUAACCAGCUCGGUGGACCUAACAAGGCAACACCUAAGAGUUUGAUGAAGGCUAUGGAGAUUCCUGGGCUUACCUUGUAUCAUCUCAAGAGCCAUUUACAGAAAUAUCGACUAGGAAAGAGCCUGAAGUUCGAUGAUAACAGGCUAGAAGUUUCAUCAGCUUUAGAAACCCAAGAAGCUGAGAGUGGGAACUAUUCUAGAGAUUUCAGAGGCAGUGUCAACGAAGAAAACAACAAUCCAGCUAACGAAGGCUUGAAGAUCACCGAAGCUUUACAACUGCAGACGGAAGUUCAGAAGAAACUUCAUGAACAAAUCGAAGUAGUUCAGAGGAAUUUGCAAGUGAAGAUUGAGGCACAAGGAAAGUAUUUACAGUCAGUUUUGAUGAAAGCUCAACAAACUCUCGCUGGCUACACAUCUUCCACUCUUGGUAUGGACUUUUCGAGAACCAAGCUCUCGAGAUUUGCUUCACUGGUGAAUCCGAGUUCUUCGUUCUCGGAGUUAACGCAGGUGGAAGAAUACGAAGAAGAAGCAGAGGACGCACGAGAAAGUUUCUUGUAUCGCAAGAAAACAGAAAAUAGAGGAAUUAAACUGCUGAGAUGUUCAGUUGAGAGCUUCUUGGAAUCUUCAGAAAGCUCAGAGACAAAACGGAAUAAUGGUAAUGAUGACAGAAUAUCGGUGGAGCUUCCGUUGAUGGAGAUCAAAUCAGAAGUGAUGACGGACAAGAAGAAGAGAAACCAUAACGACGUCGUUUGCAUGGAAUGUCAGCUGCUAAAGAAGAUAGAUUUUGAAGUUGAUGAUGAUGAGCAGGAGUUGAAGCUGAGUUUGAAUAGUUACAAAAAAAAUUAUGGGGACGUGCCCGAACCGAAAAAAAGACUAGGGUUUAAUUGAGAAAACAUAUGCGUAGAUUUCCAUUGAUAUUUUUAAAGUAAAGAUUCUGCGAGUAAGUCGGGGUGAAGAACGCAUGGGAAUAUUCUAUCUGAGUCAACAUGAUUAUUACAUAUGCUUAGAAAAAUGUGUGCACAGAGUAUGUGGGGAGGCUUUUGAAUGUGGUAAAGGCGGAUUUGAGGGGAACCUUUUAUGAUCAAUGAAAGAUGCAAAAUGAUUAAUGUUCCGACGAUGAUGAGCUUUUAUAGUGAGCUUUUAUCAUUAUGUCCUCGGUAACAUGUUCAAAUACCUUAAUUAUUCUAUUAAUUAGCCAUCUUGAAGUUUUCUUUGGAACCCCAUGAGGAAGUGGUAAUACUAGUUAAGUAGUUAUAGUAUGUGUAACAUAGAGGAACGAGAGUCAUGUGCUCAUGGAAACGAGGCUUAUAAGUUUGUAUUCCAAAUGAAGAUGAUUAUAUCUAUGUACAUAAUUAACCCA